CACGUACAAAAUAUAUUCUGGUGUGUUACUCCCAGGCCUGACAUACUCGUGUUUAAUACAAUGGGCUUUCAACAUCUCUUCAACUCAAUGCAUAACAUGGAUGACAUGGAUGAACGACUGAAAUCGAGGAUAGAUUAAGCAAAAAAAAUCACCCGUUUAAUAUUUUUAUAUUCUUAAUGAUUUUAAUGCUUACAGGUAUUAACCCAAUACAUUUUCUUUUUCUUGCUUUCCCCUUAGUCUCGCAGCCAAGAAACUGCAAUAUGCGCUCGAAAAGAUUGCAUUGACGCAUCAACUUGCAAGGGAGAUCAAUCAACGUGCACAUACAAAAUAUGAUUCAACCAAUCCAGCUCAUGAACGCAAGCUGAUGCUGCUUUGGGAGCUUUUACGCCCUCAAGAGAAACUCGAUGGACGAUACACAAAGCAGUGGUCUGAGAUCGGAUUCCAGGGCAAAGAUCCUGCAACAGAUUUCAGGGGAAUGGGCAUGCUUGGACUGGACGAUUUAGUUUAUUAUGCGAAGCACUACCCUAUUUCUUCAAAACACGCAUUAGAGUGCUCGCAUGAUAAGAUCUCAUGGUAUUCUUUUGCCAUCGUUGGAAUUAAUAUCACGGCUUUUGCUGUGCAAACACUAAGGACUAGACAGCUGCAGUACUAUUUAUUCUUGAAUGGCACAGACCGUUCUGUCUACCAUGAACUUUACUGCUAUUUAUUCCAUCGAUUCAACGGGUAUUGGACAAGUCUUGAUCCCAAACCAUCUGUGAUGGACUUUGAACGGGUAUUUACGGACUUCAAGAUCAUGAUGGAGCGACAGUUGGCAAGACGCAAGUUGAUGAUGUUGAGAUUUGAUACUAAGGAGAGCCUAGGCUCUGGUGGAUUCCCCAUUGUAUCUAAUAAUAAGCAGCAAAACGGUGAAGCAAUCGAACUCGAAAACAAGAAAUUACAGUGAUAUAUAAAUUAGAAAUUAGAGAUGAGCAUAUCAGGCUUUAAAAAAAAAAAAAAAAAAGGUCUUUGCAAACAACUAGAUACUACAAAGCAUUUGUUAAUAAAGUUGUGCCGCUUUCUUUUU